AUGGAGGCUGGAUGUGCCGUGGUUCAUGUUACCAGCUGGCACCAGCUAGACGACUCACCAAUGAUCUCCACAACAUCCAGCACCGCAGAGAUGGUUACGCAAGGUAAACUUCAAAUCAGCGUGGACAAUGUGGAAGAUAAGAACGCGGGGAGACUGGGCUGCUUCGGCUGGCUGCUGGUCAUCGUAUCGCUUAUCUUCGUAACCCUAACUUUCCCAGUCACUUUGUUCAUGUGUGUGAAGAUAGUGCAGGAGUAUGAACGAGCGGUCAUCUUCAGACUUGGUCGGAUCUCUGACCGGAAACCUAAAGGGCCAGGACUUUUCUUUGUCCUGCCCUGCACUGAUAAUUUUGUGAAAGUAGAUCUGAGGACCAUAUCCUUUGAUAUUCCUCCACAAGAAAUCCUGACCAAAGACUCGGUGACCGUGUCUGUGGACGGUGUGGUGUACUUCCGCGUGCACUGCCCUAUUUCAUCUGUGGCCAACGUGUCCAACGCACAUUCGUCCACACGCCUGCUCGCCCAGACCUGCCUGAGGAAUGUGCUCGGCACUAAAAACCUGGCUGAGCUUCUGUCUGACAGAGAGGGCAUUUCCGUCAGUAUGCAGGAAGCCCUGGACGAGGCCACAGAUGCGUGGGGCAUCAAGGUGGAGCGGGUGGAGAUCAAGGAUGUGAAGCUACCGCAGCAGCUGCAGAGAGCCAUGGCGGCAGAGGCCGAGGCCAGCCGGGAGGCCAGGGCAAAGAUCAUUGCGGCAGAGGGAGAGAUGAAGGCCUCCAGGGCUCUGAAAGAAGCCUCUCUGGUGAUCUCUGAGUCGCCCUCUGCUCUUCAACUGAGAUACCUGCAGACCCUCAACAGCAUCGCAGCAGAGAAAAACUCCACCAUCAUCUUCCCUCUGCCCAUAGAUAUGAUGCAGAGCUUCAUGCAAAGGAAGGGCUGAGUCUCAUUUAGUACGUUUUAUGAAAUAGAUGAGGUCAGAUUGGCUGUUCGUGUUGAUGUUGUUGGAACUUUUGGAGUUUUCCAUUGCAUGUCUAUAAUACCAUAAUAAAUGUGGUCUUGGAGG